AUGGAGUACGCUGGAUUCCUUCACGGGGACAUGGAGAGCAUGCCGUGGGAUGAUGUGUUGCCGCUCACCGAAGAUGCCAUCAUCGGCACCCAGACUCCUUCCGCGCAGGUGCAGGACAAUGAGGCACCCGUAGAGGCGGCAGCAGUUGGUGGCCGUGGCUGCAGUUACAAGUUGGAGGAGGACCUUCUCCUUGUUGCGGCCUGGUUGAACGUGAGCCUAGAUCCCGUGGUUGGGAGCAACCAGAGCUUAGGUGCAUUCUGGCACAGGAUCGAGAGUUACUACAAUGAGAACAAGACUUUUACAUCAACUCAGAAUAAGAAAUCGCUGCAGGGGAGAUGGACAUUCAUCAACACGACGGUCCAGAAGUUCUGCGGCCACUACGCAAGAGCCCUGCGCACUAAGAAGAGUGGAACGACCGAGGCGGAGAUGGUAUGUAUCUUUGUUGCAGCCUUAAAGAAAUGUACAUACAAGGUUCUGUCAUAA